AUGAUAUCUCAAAAUUUCAAAAUUAUUCCAAUUUUUAAUAGAUCUGUCCCUUAUAUCUACAACAAUACUUUAUACACACUUUAUAAUGACACACUAUACUCUACUAAUCUAGAAUCUUUUGUAGUUUCUGCUAUUUGUACUGAUACUAUUACGAAUUUCUAUUUAUACAAUAAUACAAUCGUAUAUUACAAUACAGAUAUUUUUUUGUACAAUAUUUCGACGAGCGUAGUCGAAAAAUAUAGUACACUUAAAAAUGCUGGUAUAAAAGACGUUAUUAAAUUGAAUAACGAUUUAAUAAUAUUUUACGAUAAUUGUGAAAUCUACAAAAAUAAUGAAAUUAUUUUUAGUGGUGAAUGUAAGAGUUAUGUGAUGGAUGAUACAUUUUUAUAUGUAUCAGAUAGUAAUAGUGUCACCAAGGUAGAUAUAAACACUUACAGUAAAACACUUGUAUUUAAUGGAAAAGAUAUUAUUGAUGUGAAAAUAAUUGAUAAAAACCUGUAUAUUUUUACUAAAAAUGCGCUUUUUUAUCCUGGCGGGAUGCUUAAUAUUGAUGUAGAUACAGUUCAAGUUACUACAUCACACAUAUACAUUCAAUACAAAGGAGAAACAUAUAAGUAUAAUAAAGAUUUACAGCUUGUAGAAAAAUAUAAUUAUCUAAUUUAUGCCAGUGGCGAUUUAUUAUACGACGAAAUGUUUAAUAUUUCUGUUAACGGUAAAAAUUUAGUAGGAAAUUUUGAUGAUAUAUUAGAUGUACAAGAAAUUAAUAAUAUGAUUGUAUUUACUUCUAGUAAUAAGCUUAUUUAUUGUUUAUUAAAUGAAAUUAAUACUAAAGAUUUAAUAAAUGAAAGCACUGGUGAAAAUUCUGUUCAUGUUAAAUUAUUGUACGCUUGUAUUGGUACACAGAUAAUACAUCACACAGACACUAUAUUAAGUAUAUCAUACGAUAAGAAUUUAUUAAUUACUACAUCUAGAGAUCAGACAUGUGCUGUAUAUUAUAUUACUACUGACAUAAAAUAUAUUAAAAAUUUUAGGACUGGUGUAAUGAAUACGAGUUAUCUUAUUGAUAACACUUGUGUGCUUGGUGGGGAAGAUGGUCUUUUGUGCUAUAUUUCUGAUGUAGAUAGUGAGAGUAUAAUAUUCAAAAAAAUAUGUGAUAAAGAUAUUAACAGUGUAUGUGUUAACAAAGGUCUUAUUUUUGUAGGAUGUGCUGAUAAAACGUGUAAAAUAUUAGAUUUUAAUCUGAACGCCGUAAAAAAUAUUGCCGAUCAUAAAAAAAACGUUAUGAGUGUUCACGCCAGUUCGACGUAUUUUUGUACUGCCAGUGCAGAUAAAACGAUAAGAGUUUAUAAAUACAAUUACGAGUGUAUAAGUGUUUUAUCGGGACAUGAUACAGGAAUAUUGUCAGUUAAAUUGUUCAAUAAAGAUAAAAAACUUAUUAGUAGUGCGGUGGGAGGACUUAUUAAAAUUUGGGAUGCUAAAAAAGGAGUGUGUACUGAUAAUAUAAUUGUUUCUAGUGAUAUUUGGUCUAUUGAUGUUAAGGCGGAAAUAGACGACCUUUCUACUUUGGAUCUUAACAAUUUGUUAAUGGGUGUUGGUAAUAAUGUUGUUUCUUACAAAUACUACAAAGAUAGAACAAAGAAGAACAAUACAGUACAUAUUAAAAACAGAGAAUUUCAUAAAGUCAUUACAAAUAACAUUAAUUUAAUAUAUUUUCUUCUUAAAGAAUCAUCUGAUAAAAGUUUACUGUUUGACAAAUACAAAAAUAAACUACUAGAUGUUAUUGUAGAGUGUGGGAGAUUUAAAGAUGUAGAAUUUAUUUUAAAAAUAAUAGAUUUUUGUGUAAGUAAAAAAAUAUUUAAUAAGGAGAUUAUUACUGUACUGCGGAAGUAUUUACAUUUAAGUGAUGAGCUUUACACCGAUCUUAUAGCUGCAGAAAUUUAUUUUAAGUAA